ACAGCGAAUGGUAACUAAUGGACGUAGUUAAACGUUAAAAAGAAAUUCAAUUAUGUACGCCAGCGCGUUGUCUGGUUGUGUUACCAAUCGGUUCUAAAUGCUGUUUAAUCCGUUUUGUAAGUGACUUUGUGAAUUUAAUGCCGACAACUCUCUUGUCCAUAACAAUCGUAUGUUGUCGAUGGUGAGCCAAAUCGAAGUAUUGACAACAUGACUCUACCGGCUUUGCACAACACCGGCGUGCUUUACAGAAGGAUUUUAUCACAAUUCCCCCAAGAUAUCAGUUUAGCCUUUGCCUAUGGAUCAGGCGUUUUCAAACAGCAAGGAACCAGCCAAGGUCAAAUGGAGAAAAAUAUGCUGGACUUAGUGUUUGCGGUGGAUGAUCCAGUCACUUGGCACACCAUGAAUUUGCUGCAGAACCGUAAACACUACUCCAUCCUUAAACUACUGGGGCCCGCCAUGAUCAGCUCCAUACAGAGUGACCACGGGGCUGCUAUGUACUACAACACGCUGGUGCCGGUGGACGGGCGGAUCAUCAAAUAUGGCGUAAUUAGUACAGAGUGUAUAAUUGAUGACCUCAUGCACUGGAAAACCAUGUAUGCUGCAGGACGGCUUCACAAACCGGUGAAAUUGCUGGUGCAGGGCGACAAUGGGAAGCUACGUGCCGCUCUAGUGGGAAACCUCAAGAGCGCUGUAACGGCCUCAUUCCUUAUGCUGCCUGAAAGUUUCAGUGAGGAAGAGCUUUUCCUGCAGAUAGCUGGUCUUUCUUAUGCCGGUGAUUUCAGGAUGGUGAUUGGAGAAGAUAAAGCCAAGGUGGCCAAUAUCGUCAACGACAACAUGGAGCACUUCCGGAUUCUCUACAGCAACAUCUUACGGGACUGCCCACAAGUAGUUUACAAGCCCCAACAAGGAAAAUUGGAGAUCGACAAAAGCCCAGAGGGUCAAUUCGUCCAGCUCAUGGCGCUGCCUCGCACUCUGCAGCAGAGGAUCACCAAGGUGGUGGACCCCCCGGGGAAAAACAGGGACGUGGAGGAGAUCCUGCUGCAGAUGGCUCAGGACCCUGACUGUGGAGCAAUUGUGCAGCAAGGUAUCUCCUCUAUUGUGAAAUCAUCCAGUAUAACACAGAGUAUCAAAGGCAUCGCGACUGCCGGAAUGUGGAAGACUGUGUCGUAUAGCUCUAAGAAACUACUAAAGAUGUGGAAGGGCUGGAGGAGGAAAAAGUCUGUUUCCCAGACCUCCUGAUCCACAUUUGUCCCUGGAAUCUGUCAAUCAUCCUUUUGUCUUAAAUCAUGAUGAACUGGACUUGAACAUUCACACACACUCUCCUCACAUUGGGCCUCAUUCACUAAUAAAUGUGUAGAAAUGUUCUCACUCUGCGCACAAGUUGAGCGUAUACACAAAAUCACUGUCAGACUCAUGACGUGCGUACCAGCCAAUUUUCUUCACACCAUUGUGUGCAUGUUAAUGAAUGAGAAUUCAUAUUAUAUUGCUUGCUCAUGCCCGUGACAUCCAGUCUGCGUAAACCUAUUUCCCAUCUCAGCCAAUGUGUGGAGCUUGAAGUCACAACAUGGCUGAUCCAAACGUUUGAUAACUUUCUAAAUAUUUUUCCUAUUUUCAAAAAGUUGGUCUCAUCAGAAAGCUUGCUAAACACCAACCGACAACAUAUGACAGUAAUGUUAAUCAAAACAUACAAAAAGACACUGAACAACCGAGAAUGAGCAAACACUGCAUACAUUGUUUGUAUACAUAGCAAGGAAUAGAUAUAGCACCACAAAGAGGCAUUGUAGUUGAUAGAAUUAAUAAAGUUAGUGUUGGAAGUGAAAGAAAAUAUACACGCCAUAUGCGGACCAGAGUACGCCACAAUUCAACCAUGCCAGCGGCGGCGUGUACUGUGGAUUGAUGAAUAUAUUCACAUUUGCACAUGCAGAAUCACAGAAAAUAUAAAUCAAAUUGUCGUUGAGAUUAGACAGAAUACUGAAGCCAUGAAAAAACUCAGAAAUGCAAGUGGUCUGAUUGUACUUCCUCGUUGGCUGUAAUGUCGGGCGACGGACACAAAUGCAUGUCAUACUGUACAAGCGCUUCAAUGGGACGAGGGUUAAAGUGAUGAGAAGUGCCCUUUUCAUUGUUAUUUAGGACAGUAAACAUUACCAGAUUCCUGGUUUGAGUUAUUAUCUGCAAACUGUUUUUAUGAAUGACUGUUCUCAUACUUUGCGUAUUUUGGGUAAAAAAAUGUUUGACGUAUUUACGAUGGCUGAUCCUGUAGUAUUUUUGAGUAUGUAUGGUCUGAGGAUGUUCUAAAUUUGUUCGCGGAGUACGAUCAAAAAUAAGUACGAACAUAUUGAUAAAUCACAGGUUUGUGCGUCAAAUGUGCGUACACGUUUUAAGCACAAAUUUGUCUGUAUGCACAGUUGGUAAAUGAGGCCCAUAAACUCUACAAAGGGGAAACUUGUUACCACUCUAAGGUGAUAAACAAGGAAAUAAACUUGCCCUCAAUCUGAUCUUUUUUUAUUCUUAAAAACCUCAAAAUCCCACAAAUGUACACAAUAUUUAAUAAUAAACAUUUGUUUGAU